AGAGGGGCUAAGUGCGUGUGCCGGCCGGCUCUAAGAAACCAGGACUACCCCACUACCACCCCACUGCCCCCCUCUCUCCAAGGCGCUGCGGCAGUCCAGCUAUGCUUCGCAGGCAGAUCAAUCGCUUCCUUGUCGGGGAAGAGAAACGUGUUGGGACACGAACUGUCCUUGUUGGCCACCAUCCGCUUCCCACGCCAGAGGCUUACAUUCCGCAGAAGUUCUGCUCUAACCAAAUAGUCUCUUCCAAGUACACUGUCUGGAAUUUUCUUCCAAAGAAUCUCUUUGAACAGUUCCGAAGAAUUGCCAACUUUUACUUCCUUAUCAUUUUCCUUGUACAGGUCAUAGUAGACACACCAACCAGCCCCGUCACGAGCGGACUUCCUCUAUUCUUUGUUAUUACCAUUACAGCUAUUAAACAGGGUUAUGAGGAUUGGCUGCGGCACAGGGCUGACAAGGAAGUAAACAAAAGCCCCGUCCUGGUGAUCGAGAAUGCAAAGCAAGUGAAGAAGGAGUGUGAAGGAAUCAAGGUUGGCGACAUAGUAGAAGUAAAGUCAGAUCAAACCUUCCCAUGCGACCUGAUCUUCCUUGCAUCAACUCACAAGGACGGGUGUUGUUAUGUCACUACAGCUAGUUUGGAUGGAGAAUCAAAUGUCAAGACUCACUACACUGUGCAGGAUACUGCCAAACUCCAUACAUGCCAAGCCAUAGAUUGCCUUACUGCCACAAUAGAAUGUGAACAGCCUCAGCCAGACCUCUACAAAUUUGUGGGCCGAAUUACCAUCUACAAGGACGGUCAAGAGCCAGUAGCCAGGGCACUGAGUCCCGAGAACCUGUUGCUGAAGGGAGCGACAUUAAAAAACACCCCUAGGAUCUACGGAGUCGCAGUCUAUACUGGAAUGGAAACCAAAAUGGCUUUGAACUACCAAGGAAAAUCCCAGAAAAGAUCUGCAGUUGAAAAAUCAAUCAACAUGUUCUUGAUCGUUUAUUUAUGCAUUCUUGUGGGCAAGGCUAUCAUAUGCACAACUCUGAAGUACAUCUGGCAAAGUGUUACAUUUCACGACGAGCCUUGGUACAACGAGAGAACCCAGAAGGACAAAGAAUCCUUCAAGCUCUUAAAAAUGUUCACCGAUUUCCUGUCCUUCAUGGUUCUCUUCAAUUUCAUCAUCCCUGUCUCCAUGUACGUGACAGUUGAGAUGCAGAAAUUCCUGGGCUCCUUCUUCAUUUCAUGGGACAAAGAGAUGUAUGAUGUGAGCUGCAACGAAGGAGCCUUAGUGAACACCUCUGACCUCAAUGAAGAGUUGGGCCAGGUUGAGUAUGUGUUUUCUGAUAAAACGGGGACUUUAACAGAAAACACAAUGGAGUUCAUUGAGUGCAGCAUCGACGGCUACAAGUACGGAGAUUCCACUACAGAGGUUGAUGGAUUGAAGGGUCAUGGAAAAGCAGAGAAGAGCCGCGAAGAGCUGUUCCUUCGUGCUUUGUGUCUCUGCCACACAGUUCAGGUCCAGCAGAAAGACGAAAUGGAUUCAGGGGGGUCGCAGACAGGCAGCACGAGCAAGUAUGUUGCCGCUUCCCCGGACGAGAUUGCUUUGCUGCAAGGAGCUCAAAAGUAUGGUUUCACUUUUCUAGGACAAGAAAAUAACUUCAUGAAUAUAGAGAACCAAAAAAAGGAAAUCGAAAGGUAUGAACUGCUGAAUGUUCUGGAUUUUGAUUGUGUCCGUCGCAGAAUGAGUGUUCUCGUGAGAUCGUACGAUGGAAGCAUAUACCUGUUCUGCAAGGGAGCAGACUCUGCAAUUUUCCCCAGGGUCUCAGAAGCUGACGUCCAAAAAACAAGGAUACACGUAGAACGCAAUGCAUUGGAUGGGUAUCGAACUCUCUGCGUGGCCUACAAAGAGCUAUCUUACUAUGAUUACCAAGUAAUUGAUACCCGGGUUAAGGAAGCAACAAUGGCGCUACAGGACCGGGAAGCAAAGAUGGCCCAGGUUUUCGACGAUAUUGAGAAGAACAUGCAUUUGAUUGGGUCCACUGCUGUGGAAGACAAGCUCCAGGACUUUGCUGCUGAAACCAUUGAGGCCCUGCACACCGCGGGCAUGAAGAUCUGGGUGCUGACAGGGGACAAGCUGGAGACGGCUCAGGCGACCUGCUAUGCCUGCAAACUCUUCCAGACCAACACGGAGUUGCUGCACCUGACGGCCAAAGUCAUGGAAGGGGAAGGCCGGAAGGAGGACCGUCUGCACGAGCUGCUCAUGGAUUAUCACAAGAAGCUGGUGAGCGACGUACCCCCAAAUGCAAAGAGAACUUGGACACUAAGUCACGAGUAUGGACUGGUUAUCGACGGUGCCACCCUGGCCCUGAUACUGAAUCCUUCCCAAGAUUCACGUUCCAGCCACUACAAAACCAUCUUCCUCCAGAUCUGUUUGAAGUGUACAGCCGUCUUAUGUUGCCGGAUGGCUCCCUUGCAGAAAGCGCAGAUUGUUCGGAUGGUUAAGUGUUCGAAGGGCAGCCCAAUAACCCUGGCGGUGGGAGAUGGGGCCAACGACGUCAGCAUGAUCUUGGAAGCUCAUGUGGGCAUAGGUAUCAAAGGUAAAGAGGGCCGCCAAGCAUCCCGGAACAGUGACUACGCCAUCCCAAAGUUUAAAGACUUGAAAAAAUUGCUGUUGGCUCAUGGGCAUUUGUACUACGUGAGAAUCUCACACCUUGUACAGUAUUUCUUCUACAAGAAUCUUUGCUUCAUUUUCCCACAAUUUUUGUACCAGUUCUUCUGUGGCUUUUCACAACAGCCUCUCUAUGAUGCUGCUUACCUUACCAUGUUCAACAUCUGCUUUACAUCUAUGCCAAUCGUGGCCUACAGUCUGCUGGAGCAACACGUUCCCAUUGACACGCUGAUGGCCUUCCCAAAACUAUACCUGAACGUUUCCGACAAUGCCAUGUUGCAGUUGAAACCUUUCUUAUACUGGACCUUCCUGGGCCUCUUUGACGGCUGUGUGUUUUUCUUUGGGACUUACUUUUUUUUCAUGAACUCUUCUAUAGAGAACAAUGGAAAGAUGUCUGGGAACUGGAGUUUUGGAACAAUGGUUUUUACUGUGUUGGUGUUCACCGUCACUCUAAAGCUGGCAUUAGACACUCGGUUCUGGACGUGGGUGACCCACUUUGUCAUGUGGGGUUCUUUGGUCUUCUAUGUGUUUUUCUCAUUCUUCUGGGGAGGAAUCAUUUGGCCUUUCUUGAAGCAACAAAGAAUGUAUCAUGUCUUUGCCCAGCUGCUGACUUCCGUCUCAGCCUGGCUGGCAAUAUUUUGCCUGAUCUUCCUUGCCCUUCUCCCCGAGGUCCUUGUCCAACUCUUUAAAAGCAUGAAGAGAAAACGCCACCAGCCUAACCCCUUGGAGCUGCCGAUGCUGGUGUCCUACAAACCGCGGGGGAAUGGCUACACCACUGAAGGAAAGCCAGGGAGCUCUGUGACUAAUUUUGCAGAACGUUGCCAUCUCAGGAUACUUCAGAUGCAAAGAUUUUAACCCCAGCACACAGUUCUAAA